GACGACUUGUACGGGAUGCAGGCCUGCAACUUGCAGUGCCUGCCAGAGAACUACCAGAUGAAGUAUUACUUCUACCACAUGCUCUCGUGGCCGCAGCUGCCGCAGGUCGCCGUGGACUACAACAACAAGAUCGUGGGCUACGUCCUCGCCAAGAUGGAGGAGGACUCGGACGAGCCCCACGGGCACGUCACCUCGCUCGCCGUGCUCCGAUCGCACCGCAAGCUGGGCAUAGCGUCGAAGCUGAUGAGGGCCUCGAUGGAGGUGAUGGAGCAUUGCUUCGGGGCGGAGUAUGUGAGCCUCCAUGUCCGCUACACGAAUCGUGCAGCUUUCACCCUGUACUCGCAGACCCUCGGCUUUGAGAUCCACGAUAUAGAAAAGGGAUACUACGCGGACAAGGAGGACGCGUACGACAUGCGAAAGAUGUUUCCGAAGGGGCGGAAGAGGCCUGCCCGCCGAGCCUCCUUCUUUAUUUGGCAACGUUGGGGGGGAUAG